AUGGCUCAAUCCAGCAACAGUGCUGCUGGAGUUGACAACACUUUUCGAAGAAAAUUCGACCGAGAAGAAUAUCUGCAACGCGCUCGGGAUCGCGAAUCGAGGGAGGCAGAGGUUCGGACAAAAUCGAAAUCAAUUGGGCCGCCAGUGCAGAGGAAACCAUUGAAGCACAGGGAUUAUGAAGUGGACCUUGAAUCACGCUUGGGAAAGACUCAGGUUGUGACUCCAAUAGCGCCCCUAAGUCAGCAGGUAUUUGCCUAA